CUACUAUCCGCCCGGUGCGCCGAAACAGCGCAUGCGUCGUACGUCUUUCCUCGCUCUGAAACUCUCGCCGAGUGCAAUUAGGAGACAAUGUCCGCCAUCGACGCCGUGCGCUCUUCCAUCGUCCCCUUUUACGCCACAUUUUCCAUGAAACUGCUUUAACGCACGGCCCCAAGAAUGACCAGCUCGGGCGCGGUUCAGGUGAAACUAGAGCUUGGUCACCGUGCCCAGGUCAGAAAGAAACCGACAGUGGAAGGUUUUACGCACGAUUGGAUGGUGUUCGUCAGGGGUCCGGAACACAGUAACAUCCAGCACUUUGUGGAGAAAGUUGUUUUUCAUCUGCACGAGAGCUUCCCAAGACCAAAAAGAGUGUGCAAGGAUCCGCCCUACAAAGUGGAGGAGUCGGGGUACGCGGGCUUUAUCUUGCCGAUCGAAGUGUACUUCAGAAACAAGGAAGAGCCGAAGAAGGUGCGGUUCGACUACGACCUGUUCCUGCACCUGGACGGGCACCCGCCUGUCAACCACCUGCGCUGCGAGAAGCUCACCUUCAACAAGCCCACCGAGGAGUUCGGCCGCAAGCUGCUGAAGGCCGGCGGGUACAGAGAUCCUCAUAAAAGAAGCGCAGAAGACUGUAAAGUGAUGGUGAUGCAGGAAGGGGCGUCGUCCCUCUUCAGACAGCACCUGAAGCUGCCCUCCCUCCACAGCGGCUCCGUGACCCUCACCUUCUCCGACGCCAAGAGGGCCAGGCCCUCCCAGGGGUCAAAGGUCACUCCAGACGUCCAGGAGGGGUCCAGGAGCACGCUCAGCUCCGGCAGCGGCGGCGUCUCCACGGCGAAGCCUGCGGCGGAGCACCGCGAACGACCCCCCAGAGACGCCCGAGAGCCAAAGAGUGCCUUCAGAGCCCCGCCCAGGGAGCCCCAGAGACCGCCCAAAGACCCGUCCCGCCAGCCCAAAGAGGGCCAGCCGCAGCGGGACGGCUGGCCCAAGACCGGCUUCAAGGAGCCCAAGGCCGUGACCCGGGAGGGCCGCCCGGAGGCGCCGCCGCAGGCCAACGCCAAGGCUGGCGCCAAGAGGCCCGCCGCCGACGCCGCCCACCAUCACCCCGCCAAGCAGAGCAGGAAGGAGCCCUCGGACUCGUCGCCGCGGCAACACCACUCGGACGCGCGGCUCCUGAAGGAGAGGAGGCAGGCCCGUCCGGCCGAGCAUACGGAGGGGGGCGGGGGCGGGGGCGACCUGGCGGAGAGGAGCAGGGCGGUCCCCUCCCUGCCCCCGUUCCAGGACCUGGUGGACCCCAACGACUCCGACACAGACGACAACGCUUCCCCCAAGUACGAGUCAGAGCAGCCUAGCCCAGCCAGUUCCAGCUGCAGCUCCAAAUCCAGCUUGACCCCCCCUCAGAAACGCCAAGUGUUGGACCCCCUGCGGUCGAUAAUUCAGGACCUCCACUCGGAUGAGAAUGAGGAGUCUGAGGAGGAAGAGGACGAUGACAGUGAGAUCCACUCUGACCCGGAGCGGCCCCUGCACACUCACCUGUCCCACCGACACCGCAGGGUGAGUCUGAGCGACGGCAGUCAGAGUGAGAAGAGCACGGCCUCGUCUCCGUCGCUAUGGAGCGACCCGCCCGCUUCGCUGAAGCCCGGCGGCAACCAGACGGCGGAGGGGCGGAGCUCUGUGGGGAAGCAGGCCAGGCUGGAUAAGAAGGCCAGGCACUCCGACGGCGACAAGGCGUACCUGGAUGAGCUGGUGGAGCUGCACAGAAGAUUAAUGGCACUGAGGGAGCGGCACGUACUGCAGCAGAUUGUGAACCUCAUCGAGGAGACAGGACACUUUCACCUCACCAACACCACGUUCGACUUCGACCUCUGCUCCUUGGACAGAACCACCGUUCGCAAGCUGCAGAGCUACCUCCAAACGUCAGGGACGUCCUGACCUCCGCUCUCCCACACGUUGGGAAUAUUCUGUGGUUUGGCCUUGGAACGUUGGGAAUGUCCUGAGGUUUGGCCUUGGAACAUUGGGAUCUUCCUGAGGUUUGGCCCCGGAAUGUCAGGAACGUCCUGGAAUUAGGCCUCGGAAUGCCGGGAUCGUCCAGGCGGCGCCCGGCGUGGUGAGGAAGAGGAGCACCAGGGGCCUCGCAGUGACUUCCUCUCUUCUUUUACUUGAAAUCGAGCUGCAGCUCAGCCGGCCUGCUGAUCCAGCAGAGGCCUCACGAAGCUCUCAGGUUUGAGUCCACACCUACAUCACCUGGAAAGGGCUAUAUCACCUUACCUGUAAAUCACCUGCAUCACCUGCAAAAACAUGUCCCAUUUACCUGGAAGAGCCUGCAUCACAUCACCUGGAAAAGCUGUAUUACUUUCACCUGGAAAGAGGUAACAUCAACUUUGCCUGGAGAGCACCUGUAUCACCUGCAAAGUGUACGUUUACCUGGAAAAACUACAUCACCUUUACCUGGGGAAGGUACAUCAACUUUACCUGGAAAAACAGACAUACCUCACAUGGAAAAGCUAAAUCACCUGGAAAUGGGGCUUCACCUGAACUUGAAAAGACUCAUUAAAAAUAAGGAGGGAAAAACAAAUCUCCACCACAUUCACUGUCCGAUCCUUCAGUCUCAGGUGUUGGGUUCUGUUGAAGGGAACGUCACCGGUACACCUGUACAAGCACUUCUCUGACUGGCGUGUUGUAGUCUCACCUUUAGGAAGCGUAUCCACGGAAACCCUGCCCCCGGAAACAGGAGCUCUUGUGUCCCCCUCAUUGGCUGGAAUUCAGUGACGGUGGCCUAUCAGAGAUUAAGAGGCACUACACGAACACGCUACACGUCUGUGUGAACACUCAGAAGGGUUCCGUUUUGCGGAGCUUGCCUUUCGUUUGAACGUACGAGACGAUGACAAAAUGGACGGGUUCAAAUGAAACACGAAACACCUCAGCUUUCAUACGUCCUGGUGUGAAAUCAAAUAUAUUACUUGAAUCGGGUAUUGAAACGUCAUCGUGGCGAAAUGUAAAAUGCACACACUAGCCUCCGUGUGAAGAGACUGGCGUUAGCAUUAGCUAGCUGUGUGAUAAGGAAGUGCGGUGCGGAUCAUUGAUUGGUCGGUGGUCAUGUGACCCCCCACCCCCUUGUGCGAACACAAUGCCACGGAUGACAGAGACUCCUUAGUUAUUAAUGUAAUUCAGUUUUUGUAGAAUGUCAAUUUUUUUAUCCGAUCAGUCUUAUUUAUUAUUUUUUUUGUAUCUGUUUGUGCUUUCAUCAAACUCUACUGCCAUUGGGACUUUCUAAUCUCUCACAUUGGAAGCCUUUUUUUUUUAUUAUUAAUAUUACUGUGUGUGGAUGUUAUACAUAUAAAGGAACGUUGUACAUAUGAACAGCUGACGUGUAUCGUGGUGGAUUCUGCUAGACCAGAGCCUGCUGGAAGCGGGUUCCAUUGGUUCACCUUUAUUUUACACACGUCGUUAGCCAGCCAUGCUAACGGGCUGUGGGUGCUGCAGAGGGGGGGGGGGCGGUUAAAAUUAGGUUUUAAUGGCGGCCAUGUUUCGGGUUUGCACCUUACGUCUGUCUCUAGAGUUCUCUCAUGUGCCUGAGACUUUUUGCGUUGGUCAAUUUCAUUUUUAUUUAAAUUUUAGUUAAUUUCACCCUGGGUGUCAUUUUCUCAGCCCAAAGACGUCUGGUUCGUUUUUGUACGAGCGUUGAUGCGUGUUCUCUGUAUGUACACAUAAAAUAUUCAUGCGCCAGAGGUGUUAUCUUUCAUUUCUUGGAAGGCUUUGAGUCACAUCCAUGGAGCGGUUUCUGCUCUGAUCUCUGCAGUUUCAUUUCGAACCAGAAUGGCAGUACUUCCUUCACACAAAGUAUACAAAUAUUGAUGAGGGACCAUUACAUUGUGGCGUAGGUUUCAUUUGAACAUUGGGGGAGGGGGGAGACAUUAAUUGGGGGCUCUGGAGGUCCUCCCCCAGGAGAUUCUGAGCGUCAAACACUUAAUUUCCUGCAUUCUGGUGAAUUUUUAUGCACCAAUUUGUGCCUUUUCUGCAUCAACUUAAAACUCCUCUGCUUCUUUCGUGUUUUUAUUGGUGGGGACAAAUGCACGUGUUCUAAAUAUUG